AGUCUGGACACAUCAUUCAGCACCAGUCUACUAGGAUCCAAAGCAAAGAAAAACCCAUACAAAGAAAACCACAGCCAUGGAGCGAAUUGCCAGAUCGAAGUCAGAGAAGACGCAUCUUUACAAGUUGUCCAGAAAGGAGAAUAACAUUUAUAUUUACAAUCUAAAUAUGUCUGUUAUCAAUACUGGAGUCGGUCGUAAAUGUUGCUUUGGAAGCACACCACUUUCGGGAACACACAAAACUAUAAUGCUUGUGGGACCAACAGGCUCAGGGAAAACAACACUCAUCAAUGCGAUGAUCAACUAUAUCCUGGGUGUAAAACAAAAGGAUCCAGUCAGAUUUGAACUGGUACCUAAGGAGUCUGAUCAAUCACAGGCUCACAGUCAGACCUCUGAGAUUACAGCCUAUCAGAUCAAUCACUGCAAGGAUUUUGCAAUUGACUUUUCUUUAACUAUCAUAGACACCCCUGGAUUUGGGGACACAAGAGGCAUUGCGAAGGAUAAAGAAAUUGUUGACAAGGUGAGAGAAUUCUUUUCUGCUAAAGAUGGCAUUAGUAGUAUUGAUGCAGUGGGAUUUGUGACCCAGUCCGCUUUGGUACGACUCACUCCAACUCAGAAGUACAUUUUUGAUUCGAUUCUUUCCAUUUUUGGAAAAGACAUUGAAGACAACAUUGUUCUCCUUGCUACCUUUGCUGAUGGGCAGGUUCCACAUGUGUUACAAGCUAUUCAAGAAGCAAAAAUUCCAUGUGCCCGAAACAAAAAAGGCAUUCCUAUUUGCCUCAAAUUCAACAACUCUGCCUUGUUUGCUUCUAAUGAUGAAGCAGGGACAGGUGAUAAAGCAGGGACAGAUGAUGAGGCAGGGACAGAUGACAGGGAUGAAGUGUUACGUUUCGAGGAAAUGUUUUGGAAAAUGGGCACUGUCAGCAUAAAAAACUUGUUUCAUCGGUUAAAUUGUUUGGAAGCCCAAAGUCUGCAGCUGACAAAGGAGGUAUUGUCAGAGCGCAAGAAGCUGGAAACAACUGUGGAAGGACUGCAACAUAUUAUCCAAGUGGGGCUAAUAAAUCUGGACAAGUUAAAAAAGGAACAGAAGGCAUUAGAGAACCAUAGAGAUGAUGCUGAGAAAAACAAAAACUUUGAGUUUGAGGUGGACGUCCCUAAAAUAGAAAAAGUUCCCCUUCAAACUGGAAUCCACACCACAACAUGCAGGAAUUGCAACUUCACUUGCCAUGGCAACUGUGUUUAUAGCAUUGAUAUUGACAAAAGUAAGUGCUGUGCAAUAACUAAUGGCAGUUGCACUAACUGCCCAGGAAAAUGCCAUUGGAGCCAUCAUUCCAAUUUGCCAUACAAGUUUGUCUACAGCUCAACAACAGAGACGAGAACAUAUCAACAUCUGAAGGAAAAGUAUGAAAAGGCAUUUGGUGCAAAGUUGUCAGCAGCUCAAGUUGUUCAACAACUGAAAGAAGAUUACAGACAAACACAACAAACUGUGUUUAAUGACAUCAAGAAAUUAUCAGACAUUCAGAAACGCCUUGGUGAGAUUGCCCUUCGACCAAACCCGUUGUCUGCCACUGACUACAUUGAUCUGAUUAUUGAGUCUGAGAAACAAGAACACAAGCCUGGUUUCCUGGAGCGAAUUCAGGAAUUAAACAAAUGCCGGGAAGGAGCAGACUUGAUUAAGAAGGUGUCUAAUAAUGAGAAACUCUUACCCGAUGAAAAAGAGAAAGACAAAGACGGUGGUUUCAGGACAUGGUUUGGUAAACUUUUCGGUGGUGCAGAUUAGAAGCUGUAAAAGUGAACAUCUAGAAAAGGUAUACAAAUAUUUACAGUUACCUUAAGUUUAUAUUGUUUUUCUGUUCUAUGAAUAUAUUCCUGUUUGCAAUAUCAGUAGUGUAGUGGGUCUAAUCUAUUAUAAUUGUAUUCUGGGACAUGUUCCAAACCUUUAUUUUGUGAAUUGUGAACACGUGAAUUUAUCAAGGAUUUUGUCAAAAAUGUCUAAUUUAAAGAAGUAAAUUCCAAUGAAGAAUAUAAUCUGAAAGCAUGCAUUCAUCCCAUUUACUUAUUGCAACUGUGUUAUAUAUACUUUAAACAAUGUAAUAGUAAUCUACUUUCUGUAAUUCACUUUGUUUCAACUGAAGUUUAACAUAAAUAAUAAAGAGUGAUUGAGUUGCCUUAAAUCAGUUACAUGGGACUCACACGAUGGCCUUUGAAGCAUUUGACCACUUCUCUCUUAUAGUGUCAGUAUAAUGUGAGCUGAUGCCCCUACAAGGAUGUCAUGGGAAGAAAGUCAUCGAAAACCCCUGGUUUUCUAACAUUAUUUUUUUGUCUUGUCUUUUGCUAGUAGUACAUUACUAUAUCCUGCCAAGCUCAACAGUUGGAAUAGCUCAUACAAGAAACAUGCAAGUUCUUCAGACAUUUUUAAACAUUGUUUUCUUAGCUAGACCACACAAAACAAAUAUGUCACUGACUCACGAUAGAGGAAGUGAUGUAGGCUGUAACAACAACAUCUGAACCCAAGUGGUCACCUGGGACACCUUGGAGAUGAAUGAUGUGAACGCUGGUGUCUCACCUGUCCACUUGUCCUCAGAGCACCGAAACACAUUUUAAAACAAAGUAUAAACAGUCUUAGUUCACAUGGAACACUCCUCUCUGCACUGCAUAGUUCUGAGAUCUUUUUUCGUUCCUCUUAUUAACAGCGUAAACGAAACCUUUGUAAUCAUUUUCAUUAAAACAAUGUUGUAACAUAAAAAAUAUUGUAAUUAUGUUACGUAACAAUUGAAAAACUUUUUUUUUUGUGCUUUUAUUGUAUUGUUUGGUUUUCAACCAUGUGUAAUAUGUUAGGUGUAACAUGCAUAUAUACUCACCUGAAGAAAGGUCUGCCUGCUGAAAAUGAUUAAUAAAAUAUUUUAAAUAAUCA